AAUCAGUGGGCUACAAGAAAGAAUCAAGGGUGUUUGAUGGCGUAGGAAAAAUGCCCUAAAUACAAGAGUGUUCUAGUUCUGCUAAUUUCGUUUGUGACAUUUUACUCUUCCAAUAUUAUAUUUGAAAUACGUGUAAAUAACAUUUAUACAAAACUUAUUUUAUUUGUUAUACCAAAACAAAACAACGGUCAAUAAAAAGACACUAAUACUAGAAACCUUUGACAUUUGCUUCCAUAAUAGUCAUACAAAGUGCAAAAGCUUUUCCUUAGUUUGAAGAAUAUUACACUUUAUAAUUCCUGUUUGAUUGGAAUGCUUCUUUAUUUAUCCUAAUUAAAAGAAAAAAGUGCAAAACGUGCAAAGCACUUAACAUUGUUUUGUUAACACAUGUAACAUUUCUUUUAAAAAUCGUGUGAAGUGUUGUGCAAGCAAAAGGCUUUAUAAACAAAUCAAUGGCUCUUAUAAGAUGUUGUUUUGAACCUGUGGAACUUCCGGAAUUUCUUGAUACUUUUGUUCAAAAAUGUACAGAUCCAGGCUGCUGCUGCGGUUGCUGCUCAGCGCUUCGACCUCGUUACAAACGUCUCGUUGACAAUAUAUUCCCCGAAAAUCCGGAAGAUGGAUUGGUCAAGUCCAAUAUGGAGAAGUUAACCUUCUAUUCUCUAAGCUCACCAGAUAAAUUAGAUCGCAUUGGUGAGUAUCUGUAUCAGAAGGCUACCAAGGACAUCAAUAGAAAAAGAUACAAAUUUGUUGAAAUAGCAAUGGAAGCUAUGGAUCUGUUGCUAGUAGCGUGUCAUGCACAAACUUUGAAUCUUUUUGUGGAAUCAUUCUUGCGAAUGGUGCAGAAGCUGCUAGAGGACUCCAAUCCUAAUUUACAAAUUAUGGCUACAAAUUCGUUUGUAAAAUUUGCCAAUAUUGAAGAAGAUACUCCAUCGUAUCAUCGGCGUUAUGACUUCUUUAUAUCUAAAUUCUCGUCAAUGUGUCAUGGAAACCAUGACAAUAUAGAACUGAGGGAUAGCAUUCGAUUAGCUGGAAUAAAAGGUUUGCAAGGUGUCAUUCGGAAAACUGUAUCCGAUGACUUGGUGGAAAAUAUCUGGGAGAAGCAGCACAUGGAAAAAAUUGUUCCAUCACUUUUAUUUAAUAUGCAGUUUGGUGACUUAACUCCAACAGAAGAUCCAACAGAGAUCACUCCGCCAGUUCUGGCAGAAGAAGUUUUAAGAGAAUUAGUAGGCCGAGCAUCGUUUGGACACAUUCGAUCAGUGCUGAAACCUCUUUUGACUCAUUUAGAUCGUCAUGAGCUCUGGGUACCAAAUACCUUUGCAAUUCAUACAUUCCGCAUCGUGAUGAUUUCAAUACAGCCGCAGUACUCUUACACAGUUGUCGAGACUCUAAUGAAGCAUCUUGACAAUAACUUUAAGUCAUCUCCCCGCACUAGAACAUCUCUAGCUGUUGUUUUAUCAAAAAUUAUCGCAAUUGCUGCCGGGGAAAGUGUUGGUCCCUCGGCUUUGGAUAUCAUAAACAAUCUUCUUACACAUCUUCGAACAAGUGUCAGCACCACCACCGAGAUAACGCCUGAAGAAUCGCAAUAUCAAGAGGCACUUAUCAAUGCACUCGGUGAGUUUGCCAAUCAUCAUCCGGAUUAUCAGAAAAUUGAAAUAAUGCUUUUCAUCAUGAACACUGUACCGGACUUGAGCAAGAAAAGCAAAGGAGAUCAAAUGUUGCAAAAUAUUCUUUUAAAGAGUUUGUUAAAGGUCGGCACUCAAUACAGUACUGUGUCGUUCGAAAAGGCGUUCCCAGCUUCAUUUUUGCAGCCAUUACUUAAGAUGGCUCGUGCUCCACACGAUCCUACAAGAAUUAUUGUUAUGCAGAUUUUCCAAGCGUUGCUGGAUCGACAUCAAAAUCAAAUUGUAUUAAGCAGUGUAACGGUUAAACCAUAUAAUGCAUUAUCACAAGAGCCUCCUUCACGAUCUGAUAUUAUUUUUACCCACAAAUAUGGCGCUAAUAUUAUGCAGGCUCUGAUUGAGAGCAUGGCAUUGUCAGAUCGAAUUGAAGCUCUGGCUUCUAGUUACAACACAGCCGCUCUUUUAUGUGUUGAAAUGGCAAGCAGCGAGACAGUACAAGAGUUUCUGCUGUUCAUUUUAGGAAUCCAACAAGUCACAGUAACUGCUGAAGAUCUGGAUAAUGUUCACAAGAGCAAUUUGCACUCUAUAGCUAUAUCUUUGCUUUGCUUAAUAGCUAGAGUGACAGGUAUAAAUAAUCUCAUGGAGUAUGCGGAGAAAAUUAUUGAUGCGAGAAAGGAAGAAGCAGCACAUUUCUUGCCACCUCUGCUUGAUUCGAAGAAGCAGAGCGGCAAAAUAUACAAUAUAAACUUUCCCCAUUUGUCUAUUGAUAAAAAAGCUUUGGCUGAAAAUUUACAAAAUGCUGGAAUGGAUUAUAAUAGGUUGGAAACUGGAAGUCCAUACGCACUAAAUCAAAUAGACAAUUCAGCCCAUAGACACUCAUGGGUUGAAGCAGCUAGCAAUAUGCCUACAAGAAAUAGUUCUGCUGAUCUUGCUGCUUAUAACAAUGAUGCUGAUAGCGUGAGUAGUUCACCGGGUGUUUCAAAGAAAACUCUUGCUCCAGAGUAUAACUUUGAAGCAAUGAAAAGAGCUUUGGCAGAGCCAACAGAAGCUGUCAAAAAGGAACAAAGGGAAAAGCAACUUCAAAUUGGACGAACAUUCCGGGAAUGUGAUUUUGAUGAUUUAGUUAGGCGUACUGAGCCAAAGCAUGAUGUCAUUCAGAACCGACUUAAUGAUCUUUUUAAUUCUCUUGCAAUUGAACGGCAAAUAUCUCAGAGUGAUAUUAAAAAUCAACAGCAGCAACAGCCUCAAAAGCCAAUUUAUGAAAUAAGUUUUCCAGAAUUAUUCUACUACUAAUAGCCAAAUUUUUAAUCAAUUAUUAUAACAAAGUUAUUCGUUUAUAAUAUUUAUUGUUACUCAAUGUAUUUAUUUUGUACUCUCGCUGUUUUUAUUUUGUUGUAGUUUAUUAAUUGCUUAAUUCAGAAGUUAUUUUAUAUAUAUGCGACAGCCUUGAAUGCUUAUUUUGAAAAAAUAAGGAAAAUACAAUUUACUUUAAUGGAA